CCUAUAAGGAACUAAAUAUACUCUUUGAUGAAUGAUUAACUUCUCGAUCAAUUUGCUCAUAAAUUUAAUUGAAGGGAGUUAAGACAAGGAUAUUCAGAGCUUGGUUUGCCCAGUCUAUGCAGACAUGAUUUAUCUAGGCAUUUUCUUAUUUUUGAUGCUUUAUGGAACAGGAUUGGCUCAGGAUCAAACGUACGUCAUUUCAGCCCCUAAAUUUAUCCGUGUUGGAGCCUCUGAGCAAGUGGUAAUUCAAGCCUAUGGCUACACCCAAGAAUUCUCCACCACCAUCUCUAUUAAAAGCUACCCAGAUAAAACAAUCACCUAUGCCUUUGGUACCAUCCAACUGACUCCAGCCAACCUUUUCCAAGGCUCUGUCAUCUUAACGGUUCAGCCAAAGGAUUUAAGGACCAAUGAUCCCCAGACACGGGUGGAAACUGUAUAUCUCGAAGCAACUUCGCCCCAUUUUACAAGACAGAAGAAAAUGCCGCUUACGUACGAUAAUGGGUUUUUAUUCAUCCAGACUGACAAGCCUAUUUACACUCCAGAUCAAUCAGUGAAAGUCCGAGUCUACUCGCUGAAUGAAGAACUGAGGCCAGCUCGGCGUGCAGCUGUCUUAACAUUUGUGGACCCAGAUAAAGUAGAAGUGGACAUCAUACGUGAAGUAGAUGCUACCGGAAUCGUCUCGUUUCCUGAAUUCAAAAUUCCUCCAUAUCCUAAGUUUGGUAUUUGGACCAUUAAAGCCAAGUAUGAUAAAGAAUUCACAACCUCUGCCGUAGCAGAGUUUCAAGUGAAAAAAUAUGCCAUGCCAAGAUUUUCGGUUGAAAUUAUUCCAGAAAACAGCUUUAUUAGCUCCAACCAUUUCGAACGCUUCAAGAUUACUAUCCUUGCUCGGUAUUUUUACAAGAAGAAGCUGAGCGAAGCCGAAGUUUACGUCCGCUUUGGAAUCAUUCAAGGAUCCCAAAAGAACAUGUUACCCAAAUCGUUGCGUCAAGUUCACAUGGACGAAGGUGUUGGGGUGCUUUAUUUUAAUAGCCAAAUAGCUAUCCGUGAAUUGGGAUACAGUGAGCUCUCAGAUAUCGAUGGGGCCACCCUCUAUAUCGCAGCUUCAGUGCUGGAGACCAGAGAUGGCCACAGUGAAGAUGCUGAACUGACCACCAUUAAAUACACCUUGUCCCCUUACAAGUUGGAUUUGAUUGCCACGCCUCUUUUUGUGAAACCCGGACUUCCUUAUUUCAUUAAGGCGCGGGUGAGGGAUAUGUUGGACAUGUCGAUUGGCAACGUUCCUGUGGUUCUCAAAGCUACUGCCUUGAACGACCAACUGGAAGAGACCAGAUUAAUCGAAGAAGGCUCAGACUUUGGGUCUGGUUUAACAAGCUCAAGAGAUGGAACAGCUAUCUUUACAGUUAACAUUCCUUCCGACACCAAAGAAUUGGAGUUCAAAAUAACAACGGCAGAUAAAUCUUUACCCGAAGAGAAUCAAGCCAGUGAAACUUAUGAGGCCAAAUCCUAUGUUUCUCUCAGUGGAAGCUAUUUAUAUAUCAACUGGGCUUCAGACCACAGAGUCCUCCAGGUUGGAGAGACUGUGCACCUCAAAGUACACCCGGCAAGCCAUUACAUUGAAAAAAUACUACACUACAGUUAUCUGAUCUUAUCCAAAGGGAAGAUAAUCAAAUACGGGACUCAGGAUAAGAUCCAAGGCUUGUCUUAUCAAGGGUUGACCCUCCAUAUAACCAAAGAAAUGGUCCCUUCAGCCCGUCUUCUGGUCUACUACAUAGUCACGGGAGAAGGAACCGCAGAGCUGGUAGCCGAUUCGGUCUGGUUAAAUGUCCAGCAGAAAUGUGGCAACAACCUUGAGGUCCGCAUCCUGAAAAACGGAAGAGUUUACCAGCCUGGAGAAGCUGUGUCACUUUCCAUGACCUCCGAGUUUGACUCCCUGGUGGCUCUUUCAGCCAUGGACAAAGCGAUUUAUGGAGUGACGGGAAGCAAGCAGAGAUCUAUGGAAAAAGCUCUCCUUAAACUGGAAAAAAGUGAUCUGGGCUGUGGGGCCGGAGGAGGAGAGAACAAUGUAGAUGUUUUCCGGAUGGCCGGCCUCACCUUUCUCACCAACGCCAAUGCUGAUGACCCCAGAGAGGAAGAUGAAACUUGCACGGCGAUUAUCAGAACAGCCCGUUCCCUCAAGCUGGACAUUGAAAAACUAGUGGCCCAGUUUCAAAACCAGCAUAUUCAGAAGUGCUGUCGGAUCGGAGCGGAGCCUUACCCCUUCCCGCAGACGUGUCAACAGAGAAUCAAACGCAUUAAGGGUGGGGCGAGGUGCGUUUACGCCUUCCGGCUUUGCUGCGAGUUUGCUUUUAAGAGACGCCUUAAUGAUACGCACAAGCAUCUACUACUGGGGAGAAAUGCCUUUAACGCUCUAUUGGACGUGGCCCCGCAAAUCCGAAGUUUUUUCCCUGAAAGUUGGCUUUGGGAAGUCCAUCCAGUUCAAAGGUCCAAGAAUCUGCCGGUCACCCUUCCUGAUUCUCUAACUACCUGGGAAAUACAAGGUGUUAGCAUUUCGGAUAAAGGUAUCUGUGUCGCUGACACUCUCGAAGUGGAAGUCAUUAAAGAUGUUUUUGUUAAUGUCCACAUUCCAUACUCCGUUGUCCGAGGAGAGCAAAUAGAAUUAAAAGCAACCAUUUACAAUUACAGAACAUCGAAGUCUAGGUUUUGCCUGAGGAUCAACGUGCAAAAAGGAAUCUGCCUCUUUGGUGCCGCUAACACCUUAAAGGAUGGUUCACAGACCAACACCUGCUCUCCCCGCCAUAAGGACAUCCAGAGUUCUUCUAUUAUGGUGGAGACAUUUAAAGUUCUUCCUCUUGAGUUAGGCCUCCUCAGCGUCAACCUCACACUUCACAGCGACUCGGGCAAGGAAAUCCUCGUCAGGACAUUAAGAGUGGUGCCCGAAGGUAUUCUAAGGGAGAGUUAUGAAGGUGCCACGCUGGAUCCCCAAGGUGCUUAUGGCACAGUCGUGAGGCAGAAAGAAUUUUCUUACACGGUACCACGCUACAUCGUCCCCAAGACGCAACUCGUAAAGACGCUCAGUAUAAAAGGCAACCUGUUGGGCGAUGUGAUCCAGGCUGCCGUGAAGCCCGAAGCGCUGAACUUACUCGCUCACCUUCCCCAAGGCAGUGCCGAAACAGAAUUGAUGAAUAUCAUCCCGGUGUUUUAUGUGUACGAUUACCUGGAAAAGACCAAGUCUUGGAACAUCUUUGGCUCGGAUAGAACCAAUGCCGAAAUUACCCUGUUGAGGAAGAUGAAGAGAGGAAUCAUCAGCGUCCUGUCUUUUCAAACACAAGAUUUCUCAUACAGCAUGUGGAAGGAUGGUGAAGCCAGCACUUGGAUUACCGCGUUUAUCCUAAAGGUUUUUGGACAAGUUCGGCGAUAUAUGCCUGAUCAAUUUGGUACGGUCUGUAACUCUCUGACUUGGUUGAUCGACAUCUGUCAAAUGCACGAUGGAUAUUUCAGGGAAGUCGCAGAUUACAAACCCAUAGUCCUGAAGGGUACCUUCAGUGAUCAGGAGAGAGAAAACCGUCUGUAUCUCACAGCCUUCACCUUGAUGGCCUUCUCAGCAUAUAAAAAACCAUGUCCCUUCCAGAAAUUUGCGGACGCUGAAAACAGGGCUGUGGAUUAUUUGCUGCAAAACAUCGUGCACUCGCAAAACACCUUCGUCUUAGCCAUCGUGAUUUAUGCUCUCACUCAAGCAAAGGUCAACCACCCUGACCUUCAUUUGGCCUACCUUCGCUUGCAGAACGAAGCUCAAGUGAAAGGAACACCCCCAGCCUACCGUUUCUGGAAAGAGACCCCCGUCAAAUUCGAUGCCAGCAUUCCCUCUGAGGGCAACGCCAAGAUGGUUGAAACCACUGCCUACACCUUGCUGUCCGUUUUGCUGAAAGGAGAUCACGACUAUGCCAAGCCGGUCAUGAAAUGGUUGACUGAAGAGCAGAGAUUUGGGGGUGGAUUUUAUUCAACCCAGGAUACAAUUAUCGCUUUGGAGUGCCUGACCGAAUAUUCCAUCCUCAUUAAACGGCUUGCUCUGGAUAUGAACGUCAAAGCGUCUUACAAGUUUCAGGGAGAUUUUCAGACGUACCGGCUGACGAGUAGCAAUUACAUCGGCAGGCCUGUGGAUGCUUCGUUGAAGGAGGAUAUAGAAGUACGCACGGGGAGCAGUACUGGGACAGCCUUUGUGACUCUGAGGAGCGUGUAUUAUGUAAGCAGCAUUUCUGAAGACACGUGUGACUUUCAGUUGAAGAUUGAUGUCAAGCUAGACGAAAAGAAGUACUACCUGUCCUUCAAUGAAGUCCGGCUGUUGAUCGCCUGUGCAAAAUAUAAACCUCGGAGGAGGACAAGGGAAUAUUCCUCUCCCCAUGCAGUGAUUGACAUCUCUCUUCCCAAUGGCCUGGAAGCAAAUGAGGAAGACUUAGCUGUUCUUUCAAAUAGUGUUGACCAGCUGAUUUCAAAGUAUGAGAUAAGGCCCGAUGGACAUGUUGUCAUGCAGGUAGACUCGAUUCCAGGAAGUGAGUUCCUGUGCGUUGGUUUCCGAAUAACUGAAAUUUACCGGGUUGGAAUGCCAAGUCCGGGAGCCUUCUCGGUGUAUGAUUAUCACGACCCUGAAAAUAAAAAGUGCACUAUCUUUUAUAAUGCUUACGGAGAACAAUCUCUUCUUAAAUUAUGUGAAGGCAGUGAAUGCAAAUGUAUGGAAGCGGAAUGUGGACAUAUGCAGCCCCGGCUGGACAUGUCCAUAACUUUGGAUACCCGAAGAGAGGCAGCUUGUCGGGAGAACAUCGCAUAUGUUUACAAAGUGGUUAUCCAAUCAUCCAAGGAAGAAGGAAGCUUUGUUAGAUACCACGCAUUCCUUCUGGAACCCUAUAAGCUAGGGGUGACUUUUGCCGAGAAGAACGCAGAAAUCAUCUUUAUUAAAAAGAGCUCCUGUACGGAUAUCCAGCUGAAUCCAAAGGAGAAUUACUUGAUCAUGGGAAAAGAGGCUUUGAAGACAGGAGAGGGGGCCAAUGCCAAAUACCAGUAUCCCUUGGACGACUCGACGUGGAUUGAGUGGUGGCCCUCCCCAAAUGCCGCCUGUGAUUCUUGCCAAACCUUUCGAGAAUCAUUGGACGAAUUUGUUGACGAUCUCUUUCUCAGCGGUUGUUAAAUUCCUGAAAAAACCUGCAAAAGACUUCGGGCUUCGUGUAACCUGGCAUUUUAGACAGUUUCUUAUGGACUUCUACGGUUAUCAUAAGCAAGUAGGGGAUAUAUGAUCAUGCUUUAGAUCAGGGAUCUCCGUACUUGGCGAGACUUUAAGACUUGCGGACUUCAGCUCCUAGAAUUCCUCAGCCACUAUGGAUGGCUUUGGGCCAAUCACCAGGAGACUGAGAGUUCUAGUCUCGUUUUUAGGCACGAAAGUUGACUGGGUGACUUUGGGCCAAUCACCAAGAGACUGAGAGUUCUAGUCUCAUUUUAGGCAUGAGAGCUGGCUGGAUGACUUUGGACCAAUCACCAGGCGACUGAGAGUUCUAGUUUCACCUAAGGCACAAAAGUUGAUUGGGUGACUUUGGGCCAAUCACCAAGAGACUGAGAGUUCUAGUCUCAUUUUAGGCAUGAAAGCUGGCUGGAUGACUUUGGGCCAAUCACCAGGAGAGGGUGAGUUCUAGUUCCACCUUAUGAAAGCUGUCUAGGUGCCUUUGGGCCAGUUCCUCUCUUUCAGCCCAAACUCGCCUCACUAGCUAGUUUGCUAAGCCUUCCUCCUUCCUCCAACCUUAUAUCAUCAUCAAAAGCCUACCCACCUCUUAUGUAGCUGACUGUUUAAACCUCAACAAAAGCCAAUUCAAAAGUUUCUAGUCCUCAUGACUCCUUGAAAUUGUAGGCUAUGCUUACCGGAAUUUCAAAACUGAGCAGGAAAGAAGACGAUUCCCAACAGUCAAUAAAAAUGUUUUGGUCCUGUCCUUUUUCCUGAUUUAAAAAAAAAAAAUGAUCAUCAUAAUAAAUCACUCAGCCUUCAUAGUUUAUAUGCAUAUGUAAAAUUUUAUAUAUAAUAAAUCACUUUGAAUUUUG